CGCUUGUGAGCGGCAUGAUGUCUUGUAGGUCGUGACUAGGUUCGAGCUGCGGGUAUUUCCAUUCGAAAAGUCCAAGCCCAUGCUAGAGCGGGAGGUUCAAUGGCCAACUUAGCAAUCGUUGCUCCAGCGUGUCGUUUGCAAGGACAAGUUGGAACCCCCCCCCCAACUGGGGCCACCAAAAAAAAAAGCAACUUGCCCCUCCCCCGCAAUCAUACCAUCUCUCUCCAUGGGCACUGCGCUUUGGUUUACCCAAACACACACGUCAAAAAUCAGUGCAACGCCAACAAGAUGUCGACCUACGAUAAAUACCAGACACCACUCAGCACGAGGUAUGCCUCGCAGGAGAUGAUGACCAUAUUCUCGGCCCGCGAGCGUGCCAGCACCUGGCGUCAGCUUUGGGUCUGGCUUGCCGAGGCCGAGAAGGAGUUGGGGCUCCCCAUCCCGGACGAGGCCAUUGAGCAGAUGCGCGCCAACGUGAUCGUGUCCGACAAGGCCUUCGCAGUCGCUCGUGAUUACGAGGCCAAGUUCCGCCAUGAUGUCAUGGCUCACGUCCACGCCUUUGGCGAGGACGCUCCUGCUGCUGCUGGCCAUAUCCACCUCGGUGCUACUAGCUGCUAUGUUACCGACAACGCCGACUUGAUUUUCAUCAAGCGUGCUCUCGAUCUCAUUCUCCCUAAGCUGGCCAAGGUCAUCCAAAACCUUCAGGAGUUUGCUCUCAAAUACAAGGACAUGCCCACCCUGGGAUUCACACAUUAUCAGCCGGCCCAGCUCAUCACUGUUGGCAAGCGCGCCGCCCAAUGGAUCCAGGAACUCAUGAUGGACCUGGAAGAUAUUGAGACCGUCCGCGAAAGGCUCCAGUUCCGGGGUGCUCAGGGCACCACUGGUUCACAGGCGACAUUCCUCGAGCUUUUCAAUGGGGACGCCAGCAAGAUCGUUAAGCUCAAUGAGAUUCUUUGCAAGAAGGCUGGGUUCCCAUCCACCUUUGCUAUCUCGACCCAGACGUACACCAGGAAGGUCGACCUCCGCGUUGCCAAUGCCGUUUGCGCGCUGGGAGCAACCGCCGAGCGGAUCUGCUCCGAUAUUCGUCACCUAGCCAACCUGAAGGAGAUGGAAGAACCGUUCGAAAAGAGCCAGAUUGGAAGCUCUGCCAUGGCCUACAAGCGCAACCCCAUGAGGUCUGAACGCAUCACUGCCCUUGGCCGCAAGCUCGCCCGCCUGCCGGCCAACUUCACUGCAACCUUCGAAACCCAAUGGUUUGAGAGGACUCUUGAUGACAGCGCCAUCCGCCGGAUGGAUAUUCCGGAGAUGUUUCUGCUGGCGGACUCUAUCCUGCUUGCGCUGGACAAUGUCACCAACGGUCUGGUCAUUUACCCGAACGUCAUCCGGUCCCGCAUUGACCAAGAGCUUCCAUUCAUGGCAACUGAGUCCAUUCUGAUGAAGCUCGCCCAGCACGGUGUUUCUCGUCAGGAAGCGCAUGAGGAAAUUCGCGUGCUAUCUCACCAAGCCAGCGACGUUGUGAAACAGCAAGGCGGCCGCAACGAUCUCCUUGAGCGAAUCAAGAAGACGGAGUUCUUCAAGCCCGUCUGGGACGAGAUUGACAGCCUCGUCGACCCCAAGCUGUUCAUUGGCAACUCGCCCAAGAUCGUGGAAGACUACUGCAACGGUGAGGUCGCCGCAAAGUUGGCCAAGUACAAGGAGUCGCUUGCUACAGCCUCGACGGCGCAACUCUCGAUCUAAAAAAAAAGAAAAAAGAAAAAGAAAAAGAAAAGAAAAACUUAGCCGUUUCACACCAUGGUAUGCUAGUUUCGGGAAACAAAAGAA